AUGGCUGCGAAUGUGCAGUCUAUGUGUCAGUUUUGGAAGACUUUUGAUUUGCAAGACUUACAGGUUCUAACACAUAAAAAAAAUAUGGUUCCAAGAGCCAAAACUUCAAAAGGAAAGCAGAAAGAACUAGACACGACUGCCACCGAUUUAGCCAAUCGUCAAGAUGAAAGUGACAUAUCAAGAAAAAGAUUGGUAGAACAAAGUAGAGAAUUUAAGAAAAACACACCUGAAGAUAUAAGAAAAGUUGUGGCACCAUUAUUAAAGAGUUUCCAAGCUGAAGUUGACAGUCUUUCAAAACGCAGCAAAUCAGCUGAAGCAGCCUUUUUAUCUGUAUAUAAAAGACUCAUAGAUUUACCAGACCCAGUAAGUGCUUUAGAGCAUGCUUUGCAAAUCCAAAAGAAGGCACAUCGAGUACAAGACUUAGAAAUCGAAAACAAACAACUUCGAGAAACAUUAGAUGAAUAUAACCACGAGUUUGCAGAAGUGAAAAAUCAAGGUCUUGCAGUGAGUUCCAGAGAUGAUUUGUGGGCUGAGAUUCCAAGACAACGAUGA